GAAACCUCAAGUUGUUCUGGUUUGGCGCAUCGCCAAGCUUCAGGCAGCGAAAGUGCUUCCAAAACGAAUCAGAGUGAAAGUGAAAUGAACAAACCUAAUCUUUAUCACCGAGCUAACGGUGUCCAACGGCGAGAUGCAAAAGAAAUUCUUGACGAGCAUGGGCAUCUUCUGCGGUGGAAAGAAGAAAACGAAGACUCAUUACUGGAUAUUGGCUGCGGCAGUGGAGAUGUGUUGAUUGAUUUUGUGAUCCCAAUGGUGCCUCCAAAACGGGCACGCGUUCUUGGGACAGAUGUGUCGGAACAGAUGGUGCGAUUUGCUAGAAAAGUGCAUUCCGAUGUUGAAAACUUAUUUUUUGAAACUUUGGAUAUCGAAGGCGACAUUUCAUCGUUUCUGAACAAGUGGGGCUGUUUUGACCACAUUACUUCUUUUUAUUGUCUGCACUGGGUGCGAAGUCAGAGAUCGGCGUUUUCCAACAUUUAUAAUCUUAUGGCACCGAACGGCGAUUGUUUGUUGGGAUUUCUGGCCCGAAAUCCUAUUUUCGACAUUUAUGAUCAGCUAUCCAAUUCUGCCAAGUGGAGUAUGUAUAUGACAGACGUGGACAAGUACAUUUCUCCUUACCAGUACUGUGAGAAUCCGGUCGGAGAAAUCGAAGAAAUUCUUUCCUCCGUUGGCUUUACCAAGUACAAAAUCCACAUUGCGGACAAAAUCUACGUGUACGAAGGAAUCGAUAGCUUAAAAAAAGCUGUCCAAGCUGUCAAUCCAUUCAGCGAACGGAUGCCAUUGGAUUUGCAGGAGGAUUUCCUCAACGAUUACAUUGCUGUUGUGCGCAGGAUGUCUCUAAGCGAAAACUGUUGCGGGAACGAAAAUGAUUACAAAUUUAUUACUCCGUACAAGUUGGUGGUGGUUUAUGCAGUGAAGUAGUGGGUUUGACAUCGGAAUAAUGGAUUGCAAAGUAUAUCAGAUGCUGUGCAAUAUUAAUGUCUAUUAUUUUUAUCAUACUUUUUUGGGGUAUUUCAAACUUUUCGAUUCUAUAUAACUAACACAUGUCAUCAUUUCAAAAGUUCAUCAUUGUAACUAAUACUGAAAAAUCCAUUAAUAUAUUUCCAAUUAGUGGUCAAAACAAAAUUGUUUUAUCUCUGAUGUCAAUAAAUAAAAACCUUGAACGCUGAGGCAAGCGUCUAAAGAAA